CUCGUGUCGUCUCCACAGCUUCACAGUGCUUGCUGUGCACACAAAGCGCCACGUGCAUCUCCGUAUCGUUAUUCGGCCUUUCAAAUGGUCCGAUGUCUCCGCUUUCUCCAAGUACUAUUCUGCCAGCCUGUCUAUGUUGGACCUUACUCGGAGGAUGGUGUUGUACGCUUCGCAAUAUCACACAGAAGACAUCGAUCGGUGGUAGCUCUACUGAAAAGGUGCCAUUGGAUCACUCAGACGUCGUUGGGUUUGUCUUUCAGGAUUGCACAGGUUUCAUCGCUCUAUCACGUAACGAGGAGUAUCAGAAUCUUCGGAUGCGAAUCUUUCUUUUUUCUACCCUGAAAGGAGGAUUGGCUCUACCGCAGUGGUGAAAGAUUCAAAUUUUCAUAUGAAUCAUCAUUGUUGACCGUUUCCAAGAAAACACAACGCUUUCGGCCAA